UAGAGCAGAGUUAGUAAUACUAGAUAAGAGUGGCAGAGAGAAGCAGUAAGAAGCUUUCACUUUCACAUUCUUCAAUUCUUGGAGGUCAUGGACGAUGAGCUUCUUGAUGAAAAAGAACAAGAAGCCGAAGAAGAAGAAGAGAGUGUGGGCUCCAGCUUGACCAUGGUCAAGGUCGCUGCUGCCAAAAAGUUCAUCGAGAACCACUACAGAACCCACAUGAAGAACAUUCAAGACCGCAAGGAAAGACGUUGGGUUUUAGAAAGAAAAUUAGCUUCUUCAGAUGUGCCAAAUGAGGAACGGAUCAACCUCAUCAAAGAUUUAGAGAGAAAGGAGACAGAAUAUAUGCGAUUGAAAAGGCACAAGAUAUGUGUUGAUGAUUUUGAGCUCUUAACAAUCAUUGGAAGGGGGGCCUAUGGAGAGGUUAGACUAUGUCGGGAAAAAAAGUCUGGAAACAUUUAUGCCAUGAAAAAGCUGAAGAAAUCUGAAAUGCUCAAGAAAGGCCAGGUGGAACAUGUUAGAGCUGAGAGGAACUUGCUGGCUGAAGUAGCCAGUCAUUGCAUCGUGAAACUUUACUACUCAUUUCAAGAUGCCGAGUACUUGUAUUUAAUUAUGGAGUAUCUGCCUGGGGGUGAUAUGAUGACUCUUCUAAUUAGGGAAGAAACCUUAAGUGAAGAUAUUGCUAGAUUUUACAUUGCACAAAGUGUUCUAGCCAUAGAGUCUAUUCAUAGGCAUGGUUACAUUCACAGAGAUAUAAAACCUGAUAACCUACUCUUGGACAAAAAUGGUCACAUGAAGCUCUCAGAUUUUGGCCUCUGUAAGCCUCUUGACUGUACCACCUUGUAUACACUGCAUGAAAAUCAGGUCAUGGAUGACAGAAAUUUAGCAGAGCCAAUGGAUAUUGAUGGAUCUAUUCCUGGCAUGGAUAAGCAUACCAGUUGGAGAAAUCCACGUGAGCAGCUUGAGCAUUGGCAGAUGAACAGGAGAAAGUUGGCCUUUUCUACAGUGGGAACACCAGACUACAUUGCUCCCGAAGUACUUCUGAAGAAAGGAUAUGGAAUGGAAUGUGACUGGUGGUCACUGGGAGCAAUAAUGUAUGAAAUGCUAGUUGGUUACCCUCCAUUUUACUCGGAAAACCCUAUGACUACCUGCAGAAAGAUUGUUCAUUGGAGAAAUUUCUUAAGGUUUUCAGAAGAUGCACAGUUGUCUCCAGAAGCUAAGGAUCUAAUAUGCAGAUUGAUGUGUGAUGUUGACCAUAGGUUAGGUACUCGAGGGGUGCAUGAAAUCAAGGCUCAUCCUUGGUUCAAUGGUGUAGAGUGGGAUAAACUGUAUGAAAUGGAGGCAGCAUUCAAACCACAAGUUGUUGGAGAGCUAGAUACUCAGAACUUCAUGAAAUUUGAUGAAGUUGAUCCACCAACAAACGAAAGGCUUGGAUCAGGAACCUCCCGGAAGAUGCCCAAAGAUCUAAACUUUGUUGGUUACACUUACAAAAACUUCGACGCUGUAAAAGGGCUGUGUCAAGGAGAGUCCAUGCAAGAAAUUUCUUCUAAAUGGCCAGUUGAGGAAACGGGAUUGCAAAUGCUUGCAUCAUCCGGUGAUCCCAUGUUACCAUAGGACAAUGCAACGAUGCAUACCAUGCAUCAAGGUAAUCCAAUGAUUCAAAUUUGGUGUAUAAUAGAUAGCUUAGUGCAUGAUUCGAAUCUGUACCUCUGGAUUACCUUAAUCCUGGUGCAUCUAAGACGUUGCCGGUACAAUACUAGGAAUUUGUGCAAUAUGCAUAUUAAGCCCAUCUUUGAGGUUCUAGUAAACCCCCUUGGGCUUAAAUAUUUUGCCAAAAACAUCAUAUUCUCUUAUAGUUAAGUUUCCAACUGUGUGUACAGUAAGUAGUUGAACAGCAUUCUCUAAGCUGAGUGCUCCAUGGCUGCCCAGGUUGGCAAUUUGGCAUGUUUAAGCCAUGCCUUCUCUAGUGGCAGUUUAUGUUUUAAUAGUUAAAUUAUAGACAAAUGACCGAGGAACUUAGAAGAAUGCAUCCUGAUGAAAUUAUUCAGUUUUAUGUUGUAUACAUUUAUGGGAAAGAGGCACACGUUUAUCUAUGAAGAAAUUCUGAUUGAGGAUUA